AUGCCUCCUACUGCAGUCGAACAGGAUACCGGCAAACGCUCCCAUAUGUCAUGGGCCAAAAAAGCCAUACCGUUGAAGAGCACGGCAAUCUUCAAGAAGACCGAUCACAGUCAAGAAUGGCAUGCGGAGGUGGAGGCCACUGCUGGGGUACUACACCCCUCGCACCAUCGAUUCCCAUGGGGCUUCAUCCGCAAUCACACCGAUACCUAUCUCAAGAAGAAAGGCAAGAUCAGCCAAGAAGAGGCGGAUAGGAGGCUUUCGAUGUUGGUUCAGACACAUCCGGCAAGAGACGUCGCCAUAGCUUCCGUAGCGCAUGCUAUGUCCGUGGAGAGCUUGAGCCAAUUACUACGAGCUGAAACGAAUGUUAUGUGUGGAAGCUAUUGGGGCCUCGACACUUGGCUACAGAGCGUGAUAGCUGCGCAUGAAGGCAAUCCUGCUUUGGUUACACGUCUGCAAGCAGAAUGGGCACGCACACUCUUACCCUAUGCGACCACCGGCGCCAGUGCAGCCGGCUGCUAUCUGAAGGGCGUAAAGCGAGCCUUGACGAACCACAAAACCCGUAAUACGGACGUCGAUCUUCACAACUUCGCGGUGCUCUUACGACGAGCUAUAAAAGAUUAUGCGGAGCAGCUGAAUGGCUUCCGGUUGACAUGUAAUUGGGUAGCAGCUAAGAAAGCAGUAGACUGGAUGAUCGAACUGGACGUGUCGUCGUCUUCGGAUUCACCUUUCACCAACAUAGAAACUGUCUUCGAUUGCCACCACUUCCCGGCCUGGAGAAUGUGGGCCUCUUGGAGACCGGAUUUUGAUCGUAUCACGCGUUUCUCUAGGAUAGACACCAUUCAUAUGUCGACUAUCCUCGACGUCGCAGCUCUGGAAGGACCUGAUAUGAUCACAGGUACUAAGCAUACCUUACGUCAGGGUUUGAUAGCGGGCUAUGGCGAACAAAGGAACUGGGUACACUACCGCGGCCUGAUCAUCGAGGUCCCUGAGCACACAAAAGCAUGUUUAUCGACCAGCCUAGAAAGACUCGUGGUAAGGUUGGACGCUGUCUCCACUUCGCUGCCCCAGGGCGAAAGCCUCUUCAAUCUGUUUCGAGCAUUGACCAUCGGCGGAACAAUUACGAAGAGCAGCUUGGAUCUUUUCGACGCUUCGUUAGAGAUUGCAUGUACACCGGAGAAAGAUAAUCAUGCCUUCAUUCGCGAACUAUGGUCCGAGAAGGAGCAAAUCGGCGGACUCCAUAUCCAUGCUCUUCAAAAACUCCUCCAUCUCCUCAACGCACCAAAAGCGACGGUUUUUCGCGAGCUUUUCCUCCAAGAUUGGCUAUUCGAGGGCAUUGGAGAGUGCUUUCGCGAGUGCCAAUCAGUCGUAAAGAAUCAGAUAAAGACGUCGGCUUGGUUACGCCUUCUACUAGAGCUACACACAUUUUGCAUGGCUGUGAAAGCAUCUGAACAUGUAUUCUCGCGACUGAAGCCUGCUGUCCGAGCGGAUGUCGGCGCAUGGCCCAGCGCUAAACGAAUGGCAUCGAUCAAGGAGAUAUACGUCGCCGCCCAAAAUCUACAUCAAAACGAAUUGCAGACAAGACACACGUUCGUCUGGGUCGAUCCUGAUACCUCGACCGAGUCCCCCUUAUUCGCAUCCGAUGCGAAAGAUCAGAAAUCACGGCACGCACUUGAAGAAAUCAUCGAGAAACACUGUGUCGACCACAUGCUUACUGCCGAAGUAUCUUGCGACAAUACUGAGCAGAUAUUGCGUGAUAUCCUUGAAGUCUGGGAGAAUACCGGAGAAGGUGUGGAUGAUGUUGACCGGCGCAUGCUAGCUAUACUGGUUUCAAGAGAUAUCGACAAUCCUUCUGGACACACGUGCGAAUGUAUCUAUGAGCUCGCAGUAGAUCUUAGCUUGGGGCGAUCUUCUUCUUUUGUCCGAGACAUGGUGCGUAUCGUUCGUGUGCAGGAGACGGACUCACGACAAGCCAUCAUUGCUUUAACGAAUACCCUGGCAGCACGGGAAGGUUGCAAAACAUGUUGGAGAGGGGUCUUAUUAAGAUGGCUGAACCAAAGUGAGAAGCAAGAAGCGCGAUGGGGCACUGCCAUCAUCGACCACUUGAUCCAAACCAUGGAUCCUGCGACAUGGCUCUCCUUCAUGCAAUCACUGGAGAAGAUCUUCGCCGACAUCAUUGCCGAUAGCACCAACAAACACGAGUUACCGUCUCUACUUCAGCCCCAGAUUUUGACUUGGGUAUCGCAAGUAUCAAAGUUCGGGCCCACCUUAACGAAGCUCGAAGAAGUAUCCGACAGUUCAUUCGCAGUACGUCAAAUGUUAUCUUAUGGUACCGAACCACAAAGGAAACAGAACCUGGCCAUGCUUUCACAUCUCCAAAAAGCGGAAGGGAAUUCAGCCGAGAGAAUUAUGCAAAACAUUGUCAUAUGGGUACGCGGUCGAAUGUCGGAUAUGCGCGAGGUCAUUGAGUAUUUAUCUAAACUACUGGACGCACCAUAUGAGGCUAUAGAAGCUUGCAACGAGAUUUGGGAUGCGAGAUGUGGAUUUCUGGACAUACCUGGUCUUCCUACUCACGAGCAAGCUGUUCUUUCUCGGAUCGUCUCGAGAGAUGUUGUCUACUACGACGGCGCGUCCAAACAGUACAAGAUCAUGACGCAACCAGACUCAUUGACGCCAAAGAAGAAGAAACCCCUUCAAACAAUUGCCAAGCGAAGAUACGACAUCCCACUAGCUGUGGCUGAGGUCAUGGUUGCUGGUUGGAUCCAAGACGACGACGUAGCAGCAGAGACGAAAACGAUCAUCGAACGCCUCGCUCAGCUACUCAAGUUGAAAGUAUACAAGCAGACCAUCCCUCAAGUCACGCUCUCUAAAGCAACAGAAUUCUGGGAUAGCAUCGAAGCAGAGAUCAUGCAAGAAGCCGAACGCCUCGAAGGGCUAAAGCGAACACUGAAAGCGAAAGACCCCUUGCAGACAGCCUUGCUGAUCGAGGAGUACAAUAUACCCGAUAGCAAUCUGCUGGAAGAUGAAAUACAAGAACUACCUUCCGGCAUCAUCGAUCUAGUUGAACUAAUCGAUGAUGACGAGAUUGAGAUGAGCUUCACACUCGCUUCCUACACUGAGCUACAACGAAGCGCAAUGGGCGUACCGAGCACAGCGAACAACCUUCUCUUACGGCUAACCAUCGAUCGGUAUGGGAGUAAGCCACCCGCGUUCUGUGUGCACUACGACAGUGACAAGGGUAUAGAGACUGAUCAACAUUUCCCGUGGAUCUGUGUUGCAACUUCCAAUGCACCACACGGUAAUGUGUGUUUCUCGAAGCAGAGCGUCUUCGUAUGGCAGAUGAACAGGCAUAUCCAUCGGUACCUUCGCGCGGGGAACGUAUCGUUAAGAGGGCUGUACGGCCUCGUCCAGACUAUGAUCGGAGAAAUGGGGCAAAGAUGCAUCUCCUGCGGCUGCCGCCACAAAGGGAGGAGCACGCAACUGCGGAGAUCUACACCAUGUUGGACUGUCGCAUGUCAACUGCUAUGGUACGCCCUCCCCCUCGACGUCCGCAUCCCCGAAAUCCGCACCGACAUCUUCGCCGUCGACAUGCUUCUCAGCUCUGUCUACAGCGCCGCCAUGGCCAACAAAGCCGAGCUCCUCCCUAACUGUCCCAUCCACCCCAUCAGCACCGUCAAAACCAUACUCGAUAGUCUCCCCAAACUGUCCGUCAUCCGCGACGCAGUCCACAUCUCCACUGUCCUAUCCAGAUACCACGCCGACGCUGAGAAGCUCAUCUCAUGGGCAUACUACAGUACUAUUUCACGGUACAUCACUCGACCGCCUCCCAGCAAUCCUCGCUAA